CCCGCGCUGCGGCGCGCUUGCGUGACGUCCUCCUCGCGACGGGGAGGGGAGGGGGAAGAGCGGGCGCUGGGCCGCGGGCCCGAUCCAGCUGCCAUGACCAAGCUGGGGCAGUGGCUCUGCGCGCUUGCCCUGCUGGGCUCGGCCUGGGCUGCGCUGGCGCUGGCGCCACCGGGGCUGCGGCUGCCGGCCCCGUACCGGCAGGCCCUGCUGCCUCUGCCCGUCUACCUGCUCGUCGCCUUCGGCUGCUACUCCCUGGCCACCGUGGGCUACCGCCUGGCCACCUUCAACGACUGUGAGGAGGCGGCUGCCGAGCUGCAGGAGCACAUCAGCGCGGCGCGGGCUGACCUGCGCCGACGUGGGCUGCGCUUCUGACCCCAAUAAAGUUGAGGGACAGCG